UUUUUUUCACCGGCAUCCAAAUGGUCUAACCUCAAAAUUCAAUAUUAUUAAAUAUUAUUAAACAAUUUGGCCAUAAAAAUUGUUAAUUUAAAAGUAAAUAAUGUCAAACUCAACAAACUUUCGUGUGAAAUUAAAUUUAUCAAAGUUUUAUCAAGAUGCAAGAAAAUUGAGUUUCAUUUAUGUGGAUACAUCCGCAAUAAAUAAUGUUCUACAAUUACACUCAAAAAUAGCUAAUAUUUUUGCUAUUACUAAACCAUUUUAUCUUAGUACAGAGAAUAGUGUUCUUUUUCCAUUAAUUGAAGAUAUAAGAAUUGUACAAGAAAAUGAUAUUAUUAAGGUUGUUCCCGGAUGUCCUGAAUUAUCAAAUGAUUCUUCAACAUCAAAUGAAACAGUGCCUUCCCCGAAGAAAAUGCAAUCAUCGAAAUCAGAAUCAAGGCAAUCUAUAGAGCCAGAAUCACGGCAAUCAGAAAAAUCCGAUACUACUGACUUAGAUGUAUAUAACCAAAUAGAAACAGUUUCUGAGAAUGAUGUUAAUACUGACGCAAAUAUUCUAAAUUUGUCAACCGUAAUUAUGAAAAAAAGACGUAAAAGAGGGCGACGAUUAUCUAAAAAAAAUAAAAUUACUGUUGACCAAGAACCAGCCAUGACACCUUAUAAUGACUUCCAAAAAAAUGGAUUUAAUAGUACAACGAAUGAUGUUAAAGUUAUCUUCGAAAAAGCCACACCAAAACACCUAAAAUUUAAUUUUGAUGAUGAAACUGGUCAAGUUACAAAUGUUGAAACAAAUGGGAACUUAAUAUCUCCUCGUACAAAACCAACUAUUCGUUCUAACGAAGCAGCAACUUUGUCAACUUUACUAAGUUUAAAAAAUAAUCCUGCUCCCGUUACUUACUCCAGUAAAAGAAUAAGAACAAACUCUGAAGUUUCUCAUGUUUCUAUGAAAAAUAAUCAAAUUAAAAUGGAAAACUCUCCAGUACGAUCAUCACACAAUCUACCUCAAAAUAAAGCCAAUGAAUUUAUUGAAAGUGACUUUAAUUUUGCUACUAUUAAUCCAUUCAAAUAUCCGAUUUAUGAAUCAAGUUUUGAAAUUAAUGAUAUCAUCGCAUUUCGUACUUUGAAAAUUGGCGAAGAUUACUCUCCAACAGUUUCCGGAUAUAUAACUGCCAAAAUAUAUGCCAAGGAACAUGGAACCAGUGAAUAUGUACUCAAAAUUAUUGAUGGACACGAUCAAAUUAAAGCUCCAGAAGGAAAAUUUGCCUUGCCAUUUGAACAUGACGAAAAUGAAAUUAAAAUUAAUCAAUUCAAUGACGAAUUGGUUAAUUUGAAUUCUUCCCAUUUGGUAGAACCACGACUUAUUUAUCGACCAAGUUAAAUUUAUUUUGUAUCAAUAUAUUUUUGGUAUUAUUUUUUAUGCUGACAAUUACGAGUGUAAUGAUUUAUAAUUAUAAAAAACAAUCAGUAUGUACCAUUGGAAAUUAUACAUUUAAGAAUAGUUAUAAUCAAAGAGCAAUUUACGGUUGAAUUUUUUACCAAGGAAUAUUUUUUUUUUUUUUUUUUGAGAAACGGGACAGUGUUAAUCCAUUAAAAAAAAAUUUAUUUUUCUAAUCUCUUUAUCUCUUGAUCAAACUUGUGAAUAAAUAGUCUAGUUACCAACAAAUAAAUAAACUAACUUA